UGUGGGAAGACGCCCGCCAUGUCAGGUGAGCAGGACGAGCAGGACGAUCCCGACUGGGGUUUUGACGUGAUAGACGGGGGAGACUGGAGCUCCGAGUUCGAAUCGGCUUCCGGCUCAGACGUGAGUGAGUUUGACCUGGAGGAUCCCGGCAACUUGGACUGGGCCAGUUUCCUGGAGGAGGCUGGGCUGUCGCUGCGGCCGAAGGUUUGCGACACGUCCCGGCUGCAGGACAGCGGCUUCCGGCAGGUGGCGCUGCGCAGGCUGGGGCGAGUCGGGCACAGGUACGGCGACGUCACGGGCAGGACGGUCCCACAGCUGGUGUCGCGGCGGGAGCACGGCCUGUGUCAGCGGAACCCCGGCUUCUCCCCGGGACACCGGGCCUCCAUCGGCUCCAGGUUCAUCCCCAAUGUCCCCAACCUCCAAGCCAAGUACGGCUUCAAGGCGUUCUGCGGGCAGUACUCGCGGGACGGGAACGUCUUCCUCACCGCCUGCCAGGACCAGCGGAUCCGCGUGUACGACACGCGCCGCGGCAGCUUCCGCCUGAAGAGGACGAUCCAGGCGCCGAACAUCGAGUGGAGCAUCCUGGACACGGCGCUGAGCUCGGACGGGCGCUACGUGGUGUACUCCGGCUGGUCGGACAGCAUCUACGUGUGCGAGGUGCUGAAGAAGGAGGGCAGCGUGCACCAGCUGCCGUUCUCUCACGACGGCUUCGCCUCCUGCGUCUUUUCCCUCACCUUCUCGCACGACGACAGCGAGAUCAUGGGCGCGGCGAACGACGGGUGCCUGUACGUGUUUGAUCGGCGUCGGCAGGAGCGGACGCUCUGCAUCCACAGCCACAGUAACGACGCCAACGCCGUGACGUUUGCGGACGCGUCGUCUCAGAUCCUGUUCUCCGGGGGAGAUGACGGGCUGCUGAAGGUGUGGGACCGCCGGAUGCUGAGCGAGGAAAACCCGCGGGAAGUGGGGAUCCUGCUGGGCCACUUCGACGGCAUCACCCACAUCCACUCCCGCGGCGACAACCGCUUCCUCAUCUCCAACUCCAAGGACCAGACCAUCAAACUCUGGGACAUCCGCAAGCUCUCGCCCGCCGCCACCGUCAAGCCCUCCAUCAGCAAGCUGCGGUCCAUGCACCGAUGGGACUACCGCUGGCAGAGGACGCCGUCCGACCGCGUCACGGCCCCGCGGCUGCCUGGCGACACCGCGGUCAUGACGUACGCAGGUCACGUGGUGCUGCGGACCCUGAUCAGGUGCUACUUCUCGCCAGACUUCACCACCGGCCAGCGGUUCAUUUACAGCGGCAGCGCCAACGGCGACAUCUUUGUGUACGACGUGCUGACGGGGGAGGUCGCGGCCAGGCUGAAAGGUCAUAGGUCGUGUGUGCGAGAUGUGUCGUGGCACCCGUACUCGCCGCGCAUGCUCAGCGUGUCCUGGGACUGCACCGUUUGCCGCUGGGAGUGCGGCACGGACGACGACGAGAAGUUCGCCGAUGCCUUACCGUCGCUCAUCACUAGGGGCGACGCGCACUGACGUCAUCACUAGGGGCGACGCGCAUUGACGUCAUGUGUAAAAAAAACGGACAAUUUCGGAGAUGCCUAUUCAAGUACAGUAAACCAAACCACACGGAACUGCCACUGCAGGCAUUGUUUACACCAGCCUGCUCAUGGAAGUCUGGAGCUGUGGGCGAUGCCGAGGAGGUUGAAAGAGAGAGACAAACUUCUGAUCUGAGGCUCCGUUGUCUAAGGAGUGUAUAUACUCUGCUGGUGCCAUUCUAAUAGGAACUGUCGUGCUGUGUGUAGGAUAAAGGCUUGAUGUUACCUUUACAUGAGAGAGUUAGUGGAUCGAGAAGGAACCUUAUUGAGACCAUCAUAAACUGUUGCAAACAAGCAUCAGUACAGUCUUCGUCUAAGUUGAAGUGAAGGGUCUAUUUACAAGCAGUCUGUCUGUGAUGUAAGGUUGCCAUGUUUUGUACAGAUGGUGCGUGGGACUUGAUGCCGAGUAAAGAUCUGCUGUUUAUAUGA